AUGAUCCGACCCGUGGACAGGACAAUGAGCACGGGCGCGUCCGAUGCGCUGCCGCGCGCCUCGAGCAGCAGUUCCCUCAGCGAGCGCUCUCCGCUGCUGCGGGCGCUCGACCGAGGCGCCUCCUCGUCCUGCGAGGACUUCUACAUGUCCGUGCCGGCCCUGCCGAGCGACAGCGGCUGCCUCUCGGACAGCGGCCAGUUCCAGCCGGUGGUCUUUGCCGAGAAGGCGCUGGCUACGCUGCUCGACGGCGUGCUGCUGUACGCAUUGGGCUGCAUCGUGGGCGUCGCGCUCGUGUCGCUCAACUUUGAGGGCGUGCUGGGCCCGCGCGUGAACUGGUGGCUGGUCUUUCUGCCGUUUUGGCUGGCGAAUGGUGCGCUGCUGUACGCGCACGUGACGUCGACGCGUCACGCGGUCACGUUGCGCCGCUGGGCCGAAGUCGAGUCGAUGUCAAAUGAGCCGCUGCUACCGCUCCUUCGACGGAUUGUGCUUGUGUACGCCAUUAGUUUUCCUUUGACAGUGCUGUUGCUCUGGAGCGAAUUGGCAUUCUGCGCGAGUCUGCAGCACCACACGGCCACGAGUCUCUAUGCCUGCUACGCGCCGCUGAUGGUGAUCCAAGUGGCCUUUGUGGUACGAUACCUGCUCUGUCGAUCGGACAGCACACUGCCGGGAGUUUGCUGGGCACUGCUGUUUGUCUUUACGUUGCUGCUGGCGUACCAGACGGACAUGCAGCGUCGGGUGGAGAUACUAGAGAUAGCACGACCACCCGUGUCGUGGUGGAUUGUGUUUGCGCCAUUUUUCGCCUUUGAGCUGCUCAUGGCCGGGUCGUUGUUGCGUGUGCUGUACAACGAAUUCUCAGGCAUUUACCGGCUUACUCGCUGGCAGCUGGCAGCAAGUGGGCUCUAUACGCUGGCGCUAGUAACAGGCACCAGUGGCGAGCUCAUGCUGCUGAAGCAAGUGGAUUACCACUGGGGGACCUUCACUCUUCCGUCUGGCAUGAUGUUUGUCGGACUCGUAUGUGCAUGUGUGGCCAUGUACAUUGUAGGUCGCCAUCAUGUGGAAGAGCUCAUGGCCUCUAAGGGCGGUGCGGUUCCUGUACCGUUAACGCGGACAGCGGAUGGCUGGAUCACUAGUCAUGCUAUCGUGGAGCAGUGGGUGCUUUUGGGAGAUAUCACCCUGACUCCGCAGGGACUACGAGUCCGCAACCGAAAGACGAGAAGUAAUCUGGGUGCGGAGUCGGAAGCAGCAGGUAGCCACAUCCUGCGGCAAAUGAAAGGUCUUUUGACCCGGGCCACAUCGGAAGAAAACAUCGGUGACAAUGACCCGGAGCGCCGCAUUUGUAAGGUGCUGCGAAAGACUUCCGGCAGCUACAGUGACAUCACGGUGGAGAUUGUCGAUACACCAAAGACAGCCAAUGUUUUAUCUCUUGGCCGCUUAGGCGUUUAA